AUGGGAAACCCUUUUUCUCAAUUUAAAUCUAGUUAGAAACCUGUAUAUAUUAUGAUAGGGAUGGAUGCUGCAGGAAAAACAACCAUUUUAUACAAAUUAAAAUUAGGAAAAAUUGAAAAUCUAAUUCCAACAAUAGGAUUAAAUUUAGAAACAAUAUAAAGUAAAAACUUUGAUAUAAUUUCUUGGGAUAUUGGAGGAGCAGAUAAAUAAAGAAUUCUUUGUAAACCUUACUUGAAGAAUAGUAAAGGAAUAAUUUAUACUUUUGAUUGCUCUGAUAAAGAAAGGAAGGCAGAAGCAAUAUUUGAAUUACACCAAAUGUUGCUUGAUCCUUUACUUUUUGGAUAACCCCUUUUAAUAUAUUCAAAUAAAUAAGAUCUAGUAAAAAUGAACUCAGAGGAAUUAGCUGUUGAAUUGAAGAUAGAAAAAUUUUCUAAAAAUUGGCAUAUUUAACCAUGUUGUGCAAUUACUGGAGAAGGACUUUAAGAAGGGCUGAAAUGGAUUGAAGAAUAGCUUAAGUUGAAAUGA